GCGAAUUCCACAACUUUGGGCAUACUUGCCAUUUGGCGCUCAAUUACCAAGCGCUUUGCAGAGAUACUUUGUUCGAUCAUCAUGUACAGAGCUGCAGCUUCACGAAUCAGGUCUCUAAUAGAAAAUUAUACUGCAACUCGGAUAUUACUUGCAGCAUCUGGCGUUGAACACGAGGAACUCUUAUCCAUUGCUGAACCACUUCUAUCUGACCUUCGAAGUGUUCCUCGUGAGGUGCCAAAAUCAGUGUACAAUGGGGGCGAUUAUCGUUAUCAAGGUGAUUCUGGGGACGGGAGGACACAUUUUGCUCUUGCAUUUGAACUCCCAGGCGGCUGGCAUAAGGAGAAGGAUGCUAUGGCCUCAACUGUUCUUCAGAUGCUACUGGGAGGUGGAGGGUCCUUUUCAGCUGGUGGACCUGGAAAGGGGAUGAGCUCUCGGCUGUGUAAGUCCUAAAUUUCUUUGACUUUGACGGUCAUGCAUCUGAGAUAUUUUUCUUUUCUUGGGGUGGGGUUUGAAGGGAGGUGGAGGGUCUUUUUCAGCUGGUGGACCUGGAAAGGGGAUGAGCUCUCGGCCGUAAUCACUAUGUGGAUCUUGA